GCCCCACGCACGGCUGCGGGUCAUUGUUGGGGGCGGUGCUUGCGGCGGCAGGAGACGUAGAAGACGCACGCGCCGCGCCCGGUCCUAGUCCAAGUUCUACGGCGGCUGACUGCGGCUGCUGCGUGUACGUUUCCGUACGGGUGGCCGCGCGGCCCUGGGAUAGUCUGAAGAGGAUGCCAAAUGAAAGAAUCCCCUACUCAAGUCAAACUCAGGAGCCAGACUGUUCACGGAGCCAGGAUGUCAGUGGCAGUGAAGAGGGGACAAUUAAGCAGGAGGAGGAUGGCGACAUGGAUCUGGGGCAGAGCCUCCCCUCUUGUUCCUCUGCUAAUGGACCCUCCACUUCCACCGAAGGGUGUCUCUUGGAACUUCCCAGGAGAGGGCCAGCCCUGCUGCACAUCGACAGACAUCAGAUCCAGGCGGUGGAGCCCAGUGCACAGGCCCUGGAGCUGCAGGGGUUGGGUGUAGAUGUCUACGACCAGGAUGUGUUGGAGCAAGGGGUGCUUCAGCAGGUGGACAGCGCCAUCCAUGAGGCCAACUGUGUGGCCCAGCUCGCCGAGGCGGAGAAGGAGUAUCGGUCAGUCCUGGACGACCUCACGUCAUGUACGACAUCCUUAAGACAGAUUGAUAAAAUUAUUGAACAACUUGGCCCUCAAGCUGCCACCAACAAAGAUAUCAACAGGAAACUAGAUUCUGUAAAACGACAGAAGUAUAACAAGGAACAACAGCUGAAGAAGAUCACGGCAAAACAGAAGCGACUCCAGGCCAUCCUUGGAGGAGCAGAGGUGAAAGUGGAACUAGGUCACGGCAGUCUGGAGGAGGAGGAUGCAGAAGCAGCGCCGUCCUGCCUUGGCAGCAUGCUCAUGCCCGCUCAGGAGACCGCUUGGGAAGAGCUCGUCCGCACUGGUCAGAUGACACCUUUUGGUACCAAGAUCCCUCAGAAGCAGGAGAAAAAGCCCAGAAAACUAAUGCUCAAUGAAGCAUCAGGCUUUGAAAAGUAUUUGGCAGAUCAAGCGAAACUGUCCUUUGAAAGAAAGAAGCAAGCUUGUAAUAAAAGAACAGCUAAAAAAGCUUCGGCCUCGGCCACUUCUGAACUGAGCUCAGCACUCAAUGAAAACAAACCAGGCGAGAGAGGCAAAGUUGUAUCGAAAACAGAUAAACGCCUGAAAAAACAAAUCAAGAAACUCCAGAAGAGGGCUCUUCAGCUCCAGGGGCAGGUCGGAUUGCUAAAGGGAAAGAAACCCUGGGAUUGUGAUGUGAGACCAAAGGCACAGGGGGACUCUGAGGGUGAAGAGUCUGAGUACUUGCCCACGGAGGACGAGCUGGAAGAGACGGUGGGUGCUGACCUGCCCGGGGAAGGUGCUGACUGCGAGCAGAGGCUGGCGCUCAAUUGCCGGAAACGGCAGAAGAAAGUCACUGUGCAGGAGGUCGAUGAUGACUUUUUUCCAAGUUCUGGGGAAGAAGCUGAAGCCACGGGAGGAGGCCGGAAAGUAGUGAGAUGCCGAGACGAUGGAGAUGAAGAUUAUUAUAAGCAGCGAUUAAGGAGAUGGAAUAAACGGAGACUGAAGGACAAAGAGAAGAGUUUGAGACUUGAAGAUGAUUCUGAGGAAAGCGAUGCUGAAUUUGACGAAGGUUUUAAAAUGCCGGGUUUUCUGUUCAAAAAGCUUUUUAAGUACCAGCAGACAGGUGUUAGGUGGCUGUGGGAAUUGCACUGCCAGCAGGCAGGAGGAAUUCUGGGAGACGAAAUGGGAUUGGGCAAGACCAUCCAGAUAAUUGCCUUCUUGGCAGGUCUGAGCUACAGCAAGAUCAGGACUCGUGGUUCAAAUUACAGGUUCGAGGGGUUGGGUCCGACCAUAAUUGUCUGUCCGACGACGGUGAUGCAUCAGUGGGUGAAGGAAUUUCACACGUGGUGGCCUCCAUUCAGAGUGGCAGUUCUGCACGAAACCGGGUCCUUUACCCACAAAAAGGAGAAACUAGUUCGAGACAUUGCUCAUUGUCACGGGAUUUUGAUCACUUCUUACUCCUACAUUCGACUGAUGCAAGAUGACAUUAGCAGGCAUGACUGGCACUAUGUGAUCUUGGACGAGGGACACAAAAUUCGAAAUCCAAAUGCUGCCAUCACCCUUGCUUGCAAACAGUUCCGCACGCCUCAUCGCAUCAUCCUGUCUGGCUCACCGAUGCAGAAUAACCUCCGAGAGCUGUGGUCUCUCUUUGACUUCAUCUUCCCGGGAAAGCUGGGUACAUUGCCUGUAUUUAUGGAGCAGUUCUCAGUCCCCAUCACCAUGGGGGGGUAUUCAAACGCUUCCCCGGUACAGGUUAAAACUGCUUAUAAGUGUGCGUGUGUCUUACGAGAUACCAUAAAUCCAUACCUACUGCGGAGAAUGAAGUCGGAUGUCAAAAUGAGCCUUUCUUUGCCAGAUAAAAACGAACAGGUCUUAUUUUGCCGUCUUACAGAUGAACAACAUAAAGUCUACCAAAAUUUCAUUGAUUCCAAAGAAGUUUACAGGAUUCUCAAUGGAGAGAUGCAGAUUUUCUCUGGACUUGUAGCCCUAAGAAAAAUCUGCAACCAUCCUGAUCUCUUUUCCGGAGGCCCCAAGAAUCUUAAAGGCAUUCCAGAUGAGGAACUAGAAGAAGAUCAGUUUGGAUACUGGAAACGUUCUGGGAAAAUGAUAGUCGUUGAGUCCUUGCUGAAAAUAUGGCACAAGCAGGGCCAACGAGUGUUGCUGUUUUCUCAGUCCAGACAGAUGCUGGACAUCCUUGAAGUAUUCCUCAGAGCCCAAAAGUAUUCUUAUCUCAAGAUGGAUGGCACCACGGCGAUAGCUUCCAGACAACCACUGAUUACAAGAUACAAUGAGGACACAUCCAUAUUUGUGUUUCUUCUGACCACUCGGGUGGGUGGCCUAGGAGUCAACCUGACGGGGGCAAACCGCGUCAUCAUCUAUGACCCCGACUGGAACCCAAGCACAGACACGCAGGCCCGGGAGCGAGCGUGGAGGAUUGGCCAGAAGAAGCAGGUGACGGUGUACAGGCUUCUGACCGCAGGCACCAUUGAAGAAAAGAUCUACCACCGACAAAUCUUCAAGCAGUUUUUGACAAAUAGAGUGCUAAAAGAUCCAAAGCAAAGACGAUUUUUCAAGUCCAAUGAUCUUUAUGAGCUGUUUACUCUGAGUAGUCCUGAUACAUCCCAGAGCACUGAAACAAGUGCUAUUUUUGCAGGAACUGGUUCAGAUGUGCAGACACCCAAACGCCAUUUAAAAAGAAGACUUCAACAGGCCUGUGGAACAGACCAGAAUGUCCCAGUGGACAAACAGUUCCCUGAUUGUAAGACGUCCGCAAAUGCUGCCAUGUCAUCUGAAGAGGUAUCUGCAGCAUUGGUCAAUGACGUGAAUGCAGUAACUUCUGACCAAGGCAUUCCUCUGAAUGAUGCCAUUCAGACACCUCAUAGUCUAACCAGCAGUGAGAGGCUUGGAGAAGAGGCAGACACAGUCUCCAGACCACGGGAGUCCUCAGUGAUUCAUGAAAAUGGGGACAGUUCAGAUUCCCCAAGAAUCAGCAGAAUGUGCGGGAUGUCUGGUGAGGAAAGCAUCAAUGAAAAGGAGAGUCUUUCUGAUAAAAGAGAAAGCUGCCAGGUUCAGAGAGAAGCUCUUUGGGAGAAUGAGCAAAUGGAAAAUAAUUUUUAUAAGCACAAGUCGAAAAUGAAACAUCACGUGGCAGAAGAGCCCAUGGAGAAACACCUGAGGCCGAAUCAGAAGCCGAAGAGCUCUAAGCACCGCAGAGACGCCAAGUUUGAGGGAACUCGAAUUCCACACCUGGUGAAGAAGAGGCAGUACCGGAGGCGAGACCCUGAAACUGAGAGCGAGGCCAAGGAGCGCAGCCACGACGACUACGUCCUGGAGAAGCUUUUCAGAAAGUCAGUGGGUGUGCACAGCGUCAUGAAGCACGACGCCAUCAUGGACGGAGCCAGUCCAGACCACGUCCUGGUGGAGGCGGAGGCCAACCGCGUGGCUCAGGACGCCCUCAGAGCUCUGAGACUGUCUCGGCAGCAGUGUCUGGGAGCAGCGUCUGGUGUCCCCACGUGGACUGGCCACAGAGGGCUUGCUGGUGCACCAGCAGGAAAAAAGAGCAGAUUCGGUCAGAAGAGGAACUCCAGUUUCUCUGUUCAGCGUCCCUCUUCAACAUCUCCAAAGGAGAAAUGCCAGGACAGCACUGUGAAGAAGGAGGGAAAAGAUCAUGUUUCGGAGCAUUUUAGUGGAAAAGCUGAAGACACAGAGUCUUCAUCCGGGGCUCUCACUUCGUCCUCACUGUUGGCGAAAAUGAGAGCUAGAAACCACCUGAUUUUGCCAGAGCGCUUAGAAAGUGAAAGUGGGCGCCUCCCAGAAGCCACUGCUCCGCUGCCCUGCAGCACAGAACACGAUGACCUGCUGGUGGAAAUGAGAAACUUCAUUGCCUUUCAGGCCCAAGCCGAUGGCCAGGCCAGCACCCGGGAGAUUCUGCAGGAGUUUGAGUCCAAGUUAUCAGCAUCACAGUCUUGUGUCUUUAGAGAACUCUUGAGAAGUCUGUGCACUUUUCAUAGAACUUCUGCUGGCGAAGGCAUUUGGAAACUCAAGCCAGAAUACUGCUGAGCAGCAUUACUUUCUGGACUUCUAAUUGACUUUUUCCGGUGAAAACGUUAAUUAUUUAAUCAUCAUGUUUGUCAGUGGAAGCUGGCUGUAUUUGACGUUUACUUUGAAUGAUAGCUACCUCAUAAACAAAACUUUAGAGAAGAAAUUCUUCUCUAAAACUUGUUUUAAAAAUACCUGGGUUGACUUUUUUUUUCCUCCCAAAAUAAAUUAUGUUAUAAAAUCAGGGACCUAACCAUUAAUCCUUGGAACACAUUUGUUCCUUUACCCAGAAGAUGCUAUCAGGGAACACAUUACUUACUACUCAUUGGAAGUUUAUAGACCAGAACUUGCAAGCAUUCUUGUUAUUGGUGCUAAAAACAUGUCUUACAUUCAGUUAGACCUGUUCAGAUAAUCAGUUCAUCAGUAGCUAUUAACAGUAUCAUUUGGGUACCUCGAUACCGAUGCUUAAACCGAUCAUUGGCCACUCAAAAAAGAGAUCAAAUUUGUUACCUUUUGAAUCCUAUCGAUUGCCUUUAAACAAUCUUCCAUUAAGGUACUGUUAAAUUGGCAAGUUUUUUAUUGGUAAAACAUGGAAUAGUUUGAUAAUAAAUGAUGAGGUGUGUAUUUGCAGAAGGUUAUAGUUUUCUCAGUUUAAAGUUGCUUUAUUUUAAGCAAAGGACACCUUUUUCCUCCUACACUGACUCUUGGUUUUAGGAAAAUGAAAUGUGUUAUCUUUAAAAAAAAACAAACAGAAAGCCCAAGGUUAACCAAAAGUUAGUACAGAUAAAACCACCAAGACGUGCCCAUGUGCAGGAAUGUGACUCCGGACACACGCAGAGAGACCCCCGUCACCACAUGGCGACCGCCACUCCAGCCCUUUCUCCGCUGACGUGCUGGGAGGGAACCUUGAACACUGUUUCCGUGACUCGUGGUCUUCCUUUCUGAGGAUGCUGGUAGCGUUCUAUCAGGCUUCGCUGUUCUCCUUCUUCUGUCUAGGCCUUUUCGUCUCUGUGACUCAUGGUCUUCCUUUCCGAGGAUGCUGGUAGCGUUCUAUCAGGCUUUGCUGUUGUCCUUCUGUCUAGGCCUUUUCGUCUCUGUUCUCCUUCUUCUGUCUAGGCCUUUUCGUCUCUCUUUCCCCUUUGCAUUCACCAUGACUCUACUGUUGUAGAGGUCUGCUUUUCAUCUGCAGCUGUUUCUGGCUGUUGCUUACGUGUUUGGAGUUCUGUUACGCUGUCGUUUCGAUCCUUGGUUUGUUUUCUUACCCUUGUUUUUCUUUCCUUCUCACUGUUCCUUUUAUCAUCUCAGCUCUGAAGUCUUGUUUUCUAAACUGACCAGAUUUCCUGUGUCCUCUAGAGCUGUUGUGGUCCAGUUUGUUUGUUCCUUAGAGUCGUUUUCUCCGGCUUGCUGUUUGCACACUUUCUGAUUUCUCUGCAUUGCGUCUGCCUUCCCCCCGUCUAGCUCAUACUGAAGGUGAGCAGCGGGGCCCGGCUCUCUCUUGUGCUCUUCUCUGCCACUCAGGGAGGAGGGCUGUGGGUUUCAGAGUCAGGUGAGGCUCUACUGGGCAGCGUGAAGCUUUUGACUGAAGACUUGGGUUUUAGUUCUGUUCUCUGAGAUUUUGUUAACUUUGCUCCAUGGACUCCCUCCCUUUAGACAGGAAAUGCCAUAGUCAGAGUCCUAAUUCCCAGCAGGAUUUUCUGCUGCUUUUUCUGGAUUCUGGCUUGUUCAUUUCAUUCAAUUUUUAGAGUGGUUUAUUAUUAGAGGAAGAGGAUCCUAUCAUCUUCAUUCUGCCAUCAUUGUCUGAAAAUAAUAGACUUUUAAACGGGUCGGUACAUCCUAGACUUGACUUCUUGGCUCAGAAGGGAGUCAAAACUCAUGAAUUUUGUUUCUGGAAAGUUCUUUUUUUGUUGUUGUUGUUAUCUUUAACCUAUAAGAAAAUUGCAUCCCUCUUGUUCUUAGAUUAAAGUACUGAUGCUGUUCACUAGUAUGAAGUGCUUGGGCAUCAUGCCUCUGUUGACUGAAAUCUAAAGCCUACUGAGCAAGGGAACUUGUAGCCUUCUCUUCAAGUAGAACAUGCUGGCAAAAGUUAUGAUGCAGUCACAGGGCGAUGGUCUUCACUCGCAGCCUGUCUCAGCCCUACCAGCAGCGGAGACCCUGGCUGGUCACUGCCUUGCCUGUGUCUCAGUGUGGACACUGGUAAGCUUUGUCAUCAUGCCUCUGGGUGGAGAUACGUAGGUGAAAAUGCUCCAAGUAUCAUAAUUUUAACAACUAUGGUUGUAUUGGUAUUAAGCUACAAUAAAGGAUUGUAAAAUCUUUGUGAAAUGUGGAAAAUUCCUUAGUUAAAACAUGAGCACUGUUUAAAACAUUUCAGGCAAUACUCUGCCUCCGCUCCUCUUGCUCCUGCUCCGGAGAUAAGUACUGUAUUUGGUGUGUAUUCUCGCAAGCUGUUUUCCAUGCCUUUGCAGAUACAUGUGGCAGCAGCUGCUGCUACAAUGUCCGUUUUCCUUCUCCUUUCCUACUAAGACGCCUGCUUUUAACCUGGACACCAAGGCUGCUCACUUAACACUCUGCUGAAUGGGUAAAUGUGGCCACGUGACAGGCAGUGGGAUGUGAAGAGAAUGUCCAGACUGCGCCCUGAAAUAAGGAAUUGGGUAUCCACUUCACUCAACAUUCCCCUCUCGUGCUGGCCAACAUGCCUGUGGGAGCUUAAGCAGUGACACAAGAGGGUCAGCGUUGUGUGCUGAGGAUGGGGAGUCGGGCCUGCCAGUCUCAAACUGCUUCCUUUUCACCUGUUACUUAAGAGCAAAAUAAACUCCUGACUUGUUUAAA